UUAAAUAAAAUUCAAAUAACAACAACAACAUCAACAAAGUGUGCGUAACAACAACAAUAAUAACAGAAAUCCAAAAUUACAAACUUCUAAUGGGCAACUAUUGAAUGGCGGCCAUUAGUGGCCCCAAGCGGCAUCCAUUGAGCAGUCAACACCAUUUCUCCCAUCCAACUACCACCACCACCACCACCGCCACCGCCACGAACUGCAGCAGCAGCACCACCACCACCACAACCACCAACACCAGCAGCAACGGCAACAUCAACAGCACUAACAACAACAGCAAGCAACGACUUUAUAUCUAUCAAACGCCAGCUAAUCCCCAGCACACAGCACAAAGUUACUCCACCACUACCAACACCACCACCACCAACAUCGCCACUGCCAUCGCCACCGUAGCCGCCGUCGCCACCACCACUAAGAAGAGCAACAGCAGCAGCAUCAACAGCUGCCCAAAUUCUUCAGCUGCUGCGCCGCGUAGCUCGAUGAGCGUUUCGAUGUCACUGGUACAGGGUGGUGCUGCCGGUGGUGCGCCACAGGGCGCCAGCGCAAUAUUGGCCGCAGCGGCUCCAUAUUAUCAGCCGCCAGCGGUGCCACAGGAUGUCCAGCCGGAUCGUCCAAUUGGCUACGGUGCAUUCGGAGUUGUCUGGGCCGUCACAGAUCCACGCGAUGGCCGUCGCGUCGCACUGAAAAAGCUGCCGAAUGUGUUCCAAUCUCUGGUCUCAUCCAAGCGUGUUUUUCGUGAGCUCAAAAUGCUUUGCUUUUUCAAGCAUGAAAACGUGCUGUCAGCUUUGGACAUUUUACAGCCACCACAUUUGGACUUCUUUCAGGAAAUCUAUGUGAUAACUGAACUGCUGCAAUCGGAUCUGCACAAGAUCAUCGUGUCGCCGCAGCAUCUGUCGGCGGACCACAUCAAGGUCUUUCUCUAUCAGAUACUGCGUGGCCUGAAGUAUUUGCACUCGGCCAGGAUACUGCAUCGGGACAUCAAGCCGGGCAAUCUGUUGGUCAACUCCAAUUGUGUGCUGAAGAUAUGCGACUUUGGGCUGGCACGCGUCGAGGAGCCCGACCAGGCCAAGCACAUGACCCAGGAGGUGGUCACACAAUACUAUCGGGCACCCGAAAUACUCAUGGGCGCUCGCCACUAUUCGUCGGCUGUGGAUGUGUGGUCGGUGGGCUGCAUCUUUGGUGAGCUGCUGGGCCGGCGCAUAUUGUUCCAGGCGCAGAAUCCGGUGCAGCAGCUGGAGCUCAUCACCGAGCUGCUGGGCACGCCCACCAUGGAGGAUAUGCGUCAUGCGUGCGAGGGCGCACGCACACACAUGCUGCGGCGGGCGCCCAAGCCGCCAUCGUUCUCGGUGCUCUACACGCUCAGCUCACAUGCCACGCACGAGGCGGUGCAUCUGCUCUGCCAGAUGCUUGUCUUUGAUCCGGACAAGCGCAUUUCGGUGACAGAUGCUCUGGCGCAUCCGUAUCUGGAUGAGGGCCGUCUGCGCUAUCAUUCGUGCAUGUGCAAAUGCUGUUUCACUACCUCAGCCGGAAUGCGUCAGUAUACGGCGGACUUUGAGCCCUCCGCCGGGCAGCCCUUCGAUGAUUUAUGGGAGCGCAAGCUCACCUCAGUGCAGCAGGUGAAGGAGGAGAUGCACAAAUUCAUUGCCGAGCAACUGCAAACGGGCCGUGUGCCGCUCUGCAUUAAUCCGCAGAGUGCGGCCUUCAAGAGCUUUGCCAGCUCCACUGUGGCACAUCCUUCGGAGCUGCCGCCUUCGCCACAUCAAUGGGAAUGACGGCAAAAUGAGGCGAUUGCUGCCUAAAAUAUCAAAAGCAACACUCAGCAAACAACAACAACAACAGCAACAACUUGAACAACAAUAGCUAGCUAUAUACAUGCGUACACAUGUAUGUGUAUGCUAUAUAUAGCUAUAUCAAAUAUGGACAAGGAGCCGUGCGACUUGCAGCUCCGCUACAACGCCUUCGGGACAGCAAAUGGAUAACAACGAUUACAAUUUUAAAGCGCCAAAAAACAGUUUUGCUCAGCGCUGUCUGUUUCAAAGUUAAAGCAUUCCACCACCGAAACUAAAACAACAAAUAAACAAAAUGUAACGUAACUCAACUGAAACUAGUCUAAAAAAAAAAAAAUAAAGAAAGAAAGAAACAAGAGUAAAGUAAAGCAAAGCAAACAACAA